GUGUCUUCCCCCACCCCCACCCCCAGUAGAAGGUUGAGCCCAUGUGGAAUGCUGACAGCUCACAAAGGAGCUGUUGAAACCAGUACCUCAGAGUAGCACUGAACCUUCAGUUGAGUCCCUGAAGUUGAAGUGCAGGUAUAUUGUUGGAACCUUGGUCUUCGUUGGUCUGUCCUGAAAAGUGUAGACUUUGUGGGGCUUUGUCCUGGGGCUACAGUGACUGGAAUUUUAACAGACCAGAAAUCUGUUGGCAAUUACCAGGUUGGAUUUCAGAAUCCUAAAAAGGCGUCCUUGGAUUGUGCCCACGAGCACAGUGGUGGCGGUGAUCGCAGAGCUGGGCUGCUGGUGUGAGCUCCGAGGAGCGCAGUGAUCACCCGGUGAAUCCAGCCCCGGUGAACAAUAAGCUGUGACCAUGACUACUGAAGUGGGCUCCGCAUCUGAAGUGAAGAAGGAAUCUGACCAGUUAGGAGCAGAUGCAACCAAGGAGAAACCGAAAGAAGUAGCGGAAAAUCAGCAGAAUCAGACGACUGAUCCAGAGGAGGAAAAAGGUUCCCAAUCAUCUCCUCCAACUGAAAGCCAAAGUAGCCCACGCCGCCAGAAAAAAGAGAAAGAUCCAUCUGAGAGCCGGGGGAUUUCUCGAUUCAUACCUCCUUGGCUUAAGAAACAAAAGUCCUAUAACUUAGUAGUGGCCAAAGAUGGAGGAGAUAAAAAAGAGCCUACCGAACCUGUUGUGGAAGAACAGGUUUUAGACAAGGAGGAAUCUCUUCCUGAAGAAGAAAGGCAGGCCAAGGGUGAUGCUGAAGAAACAGCUCAGAGAAAACAACAGGAGAUUAAGCUUGACGUCAAGGAAGAGAAACCUCUGUGCUUGAAAAGUAAAGAUGUUAUUCUUUUUCCUCAGAAACGUGCUAAGGGGCAAGUGUUAUUCGACAAAGUGUGUGAACAUCUCAAUCUCUUGGAGAAGGACUACUUUGGACUUGUGUUUCAGGAGAACCCUGAGCAGAAAGUAAGUGAAGUUAUCUUACGUUUGUUUAUAUUGUCUUUAAAAAAAUGGACUUCUCCUUUCAGCGUGGCACCAGUUGUCUCCGAUUCAGUUUUUCUCGCUCUGGUGGUUCUUUCCUUGGAUGAAAUGCCACCACACUUUGCAGCCUCCUUCCCUCUUCUCCCCCAGCCGCUCCCCGGGCUGUGCGGGAGACUGAAUGAUGUGUUUUCUCAUUCUUGGGCCUCACAAGAGCCCGCCGUUUAUCUUCCUUGGCUGUUCAGCUUUAAUGUGAAGUUUUAUCCUCCUGAUCCUUCUCAACUGACUGAAGAUAUCACCAGAUACUUCUUGUGCCUUCAGCUCCGGCAGGACAUUGCCUCGGGUCGCCUGCCCUGCUCUUUUGUGACUCACGCCCUCCUGGGAUCCUACACUCUGCAGGCCGAGCUCGGGGACUAUGACCCGGAAGAGCACGCCAGUCAUGACCUCAGUGACUUCCAGUUUGCCCCCACCCAGACAAAAGAGCUGGAAGAGAAGGUGGCAGAGCUGCACAAGACCCACAGGGGCUUAUCUCCAGCACAAGCUGACUCUCAGUUCUUAGAAAACGCCAAGAGGCUUUCCAUGUACGGUGUUGACCUGCACCAUGCCAAGGACUCAGAAGGCGUGGACAUCAAGCUGGGUGUAUGUGCUAAUGGACUCCUCAUCUACAAAGACAGGCUGAGAAUCAAUCGUUUCGCUUGGCCAAAAAUCCUGAAAAUCUCCUAUAAGCGCAGUAACUUCUACAUUAAAGUUAGACCAGCAGAGCUGGAACAGUUUGAGAGCACCAUUGGCUUUAAGCUGCCAAACCAUCGGGCAGCAAAAAGGCUAUGGAAGGUGUGUGUGGAACAUCAUACUUUCUACAGGCUUGUGUCUCCAGAGCAGCCACCAAAGGCCAAGUUCUUGACCUUAGGGUCCAAAUUCCGCUACAGCGGCCGUACGCAGGCACAGACCCGCCAGGCCAGCAGCCUGAUUGACCGGCCGGCGCCACACUUCGAUCGCACUUCUAGUAAACGGGUCUCCAGGAGUCUAGAUGGAGCUCCAAUUGAUGCUGUGGACCAAAGUCUUAUGAAGGAGUUUCCUGGCCCUGCUGGGGAGGUUUCAGCACAAGGCCCUGGAGUUGUGAGCACUGCCGUGGUACAAGAUGGUGAUGGCAGAAGUGACCUGAGAAGCCCAGCUAGAGCCCCGCAUAUGCCGCUCAUUGAAGGAAAGAGUUCACUUGAGACUCUGAAUGUAGUGGAGGAGAAGAAGCAGGCAGAGGUUGGGAAAGACGAAAGAGUAAUCCCCGAAGAAAUGAACGGUAAAGAGCUGUCCCCUGGGCGUGGUCCUGGGGAGAUGCGGAAGGUGGAGCCAGGGCUGCAGAAAGACUCCACCUCCCUGUCUUCUGAGAGCAGCGGCGGCAGCGAGAGCGAGGAGGACGUGGGGGAGUACCGGCCCCACCAGCGGGUGCCUGAGGGCAGCAUCAGGGAAGAGCAGGAGGAGGACGCGGAAGAGGCGGCGGAGGCCCCCGGCCAAGCCCCCAAGGUAGCGGACAGGGAGCGCGCCGUGCCGAGGAAGAGCCCGGGCCCGCGCGCGGGGGCCGGCGGAGGCCCGGCGGAGGCCGGGGCCCAGGAGAAGGUAGUGGCCCCCCAGCUCCCUGCCGGGAGGAGUGCAGACCCAGGCGCCGCUGAGCAAGACGCCGGCGAAGAAGCGGAGGCCGAGCCGCAGAAGCUUAAUGGAGAGGCGGCUCAUGUUGACACUGAUGUUUUGCCAGAGAUUAUUUGUUGUUCAGAGCCACCAGUGGUAAAAACAGAGAUGGUAACAAUUUCUGAUGCCUCACAAAGGACAGAAAUCUCCACCAAGGAAGUCCCUAUUGUCCAAACUGAGACCAAAACCAUCACUUAUGAGUCUCCACAGAUUGAUGGCGGGGCUCGUGGUGACUCGGGCACGUUACUGACCGCACAGACCAUCACAUCUGAGUCCGUGUCGACAACAACCACCACACACAUCACCAAGACUGUAAAAGGCGGAAUAUCUGAAACAAGAAUUGAGAAACGCAUCGUGAUCACAGGAGAUGGAGACAUUGAUCAUGACCAGAAAUUCAUUUUAUAGACAACAUUCAACUUUGUGAACCUGAAGAAUUUUGACCAUUCCAAGUCUUAAUGCCACACCACUGCUCCAGCGAAUAUAUACUACGACUGGUUACAAUGGCCAGAAGCCUGAAGAAUUAAAAUGCCAACACCAAACCUUACCUUAACAGCUCUGGUCUAUACCAUUCCCUCGCAUUUUAAUGUAUUGUUUUGUUUUAUAACCACUUCUAAAUAUCAUUUCUUUCUUUUUUGUUUUUUUAGUUAGAGAGUUUUGGUUUUUGUUUCCUGUUUACUUUGUGUCCAACUACCUGCUUUUUGUGACUCAUUUUGAUCAAAUGAUAGUGAACAAAGCCAGCCCCAGCUGGUACGGUGCUGUUCACUGGAUCGGGUGCUGCUGUGCGGAAAGGAGACUCUGUGACUCAAUUUGAGAGUGGUUUUCCUUCUUCCGGAUGCUUCCCACUGGGUUCUUAGAAGUCAGCAUUUACAGAGUUUUCAGUUUGCGGUAAAUACACUGUAUGAGAAAAUGUUAAUGCAGAUGUAAAAGUGUUUCUUACAUUAUGAACAUUUUCUAAGGUUUUGAAAAUUUCAUUGGGGCUAUUUUUUGAUAGUGAACCCUUUUGACUUUCCAGUCCUGUGAUUUUUUACUUUGGAGCAGGAAGCCCGGGAAUCUGCGGACUGGAGAACCAUGAUGAAGUUCGCUGGCCACGCACGUGUGCAGAGGCCCUGCCGCACCGCAGUGCCCAUCCUUUCCCGACACGGGCUCUUCGGCAGCAUUCCAGAAACCGGAGGGGAGAGGCAGCGCUGCCUUCCCUCCUACUAAAACAGUCAGGCAGCUUAAAAACCUUAGUGCUUUCUUUCCUAACAUGUCCACAUUUCCAUACUUUCCACUAUUUGAACACUUGUGUAGAACACUUGUAUUAAACCCCUUUGUCUCCAUGUAUAAACUGACCUUUUGUUUAUCAGGCAGGUGUAUCUCUUUCAGAUAGCGUGAUGACUCACAGGUGUGAGGAUGCUGGGUUGGAGGAGUGGGGCCGUGGUGGGGUUUUUUUGACAGUUGUAAGAAAGUUACACCAGAAAAGCUGAUGCCAGGGACCUGAUAGGGACGUAUUAACUGUAUUGAACAUUCUUUGCUUUGCUUUGCCCCCAUGUAUAGUUAUGCCAGAUUAGAUAUCUAGCAGCUGCAAGUUGUAUUAAAUGAUAUUUUGCUUUCUGUAAUACUGUUAUAAAAUAAAGUUUGUUUAUUCUCUAAA